UUGGAGUUGGGACUCGGGAGAGUUUCUAGAGGGGAGACAUGCCCAAUUUCUUCCCAACACCUUCUUCCUGCCUCCUCAUCAGAUCCUAAAGUUGCUAGUCUCCCAGAGGCCAUAAAGAAUCUGUCUGCUGUUAAGGAUAUUCUGGCAGUGCUUUUGGAAACUCUGUAAAAUAGAUGGCUGUUCGGGUUCAAAACUUGCCCAAGAAAAAUCUCGGUCAAAUUUCUGUUGAUUCACAGCCCCAUUUGUCUAUUAGUUAUCCAAUGUGGUGGAAUUCAAAUGAAGACCGGAUUGCACAGUCUUUGUCCAAUAUAAGCUUGAAAAUUGAAUCUCCACCCCAAUCUUUUCAUGUUGCAAAGUUUCUAGGUUCCCAACUAUCAGCCCAAGAAUCAUCCACAGUUCAUUUAAUUGAUCAAUCUCAUCAUGAAGUGGGUGUCAUGGGAGGCUCCAAUUCUCAAUGCAAUUCUUCAGAAUCUGGUGAAGAUGAAUACUGUGAAAGGGGCACUGAGGGUCUGAAGCCUGUUUUCAUGCUCAGCAACUCAGAUCCUAUGUUCAAUCCUACACAUAUUAAUAAUAACAACAAUUCAAUGGCUUUUGCUCGAUAUCCUUAUGCUGAUGCAUACUUUGGUGGGUUAUAUACUCCGUAUGGACAACAGGUUCUUACCCAGAUGGGACCUCAGAUGCUGGGGACUCAGCCUACUCGAAUUCCACUGCCCCUUGAUCUUUCAGAGGAUGGACCUAUUUAUGUGAAUGCUAAACAAUAUCAUGGGAUUCUCAGAAGACGACAGUAUCGUGCAAAGCUCGAGGCACAAAACAAAAUUGUCAAAAGUCGUAAGCCAUACCUCCAUGAAUCCCGGCAUCGCCAUGCAGUAAAUAGGGUCAGGGGAUCUGGUGGACGUUUUCUCAGCACAAAGAACCUCCAACAACCUGAUCAAAAGAAUGAAACCUCAGAAUUCAUCAGUCAUUACUCAGGAACUGUUGACUAUGUUGGUCCAAGAGCAAACUGCUCAGACACCACAAGAACCUCUAACAAUGAUGUCAUUUUCCAGCAGCCAGCACAGAUGUCAUUAGGCAUCUCUCCUCUUGCUGUUGCAAACAUGCAAAGCAGUAAGAAGAUUACGUGCAAUGGAACUCAGCACUAUGCUUCAGUUGUCCGGUGACAAAUCGGAACUGGCAAUUCAUCCUUGGCUUUAUCACUCUGCCUGAUGUUACUCUUGUUUAUCGUAGGGAUACCAACGUGGAUUGUGCUUUAAGGCCAAAAAAAACAUGGAUUAUGCUUGAAAUCUUAAUUUUGGUGAUGCCUGACUUUGUUAUUAUAAGGUUAAUUAUUUUAAGAUGA